AUGCCCUUGUUACCCCCAUACCACCAUAUAAACAAGAGACUAGUCCGAAUAUGGACGCGAUUCCACCAUGGAUUUUGUUCAUCUGCAUCCCGAAUAAGUAAAUUUAGUUCCAGUAACGGAAUCAUACUCUCAUCACAGGCACAGGCCAACCCAACGAGGAUUAAAUUGAGUAGCUUACUUUGGAGGUACUUUAAUGAGCCAGGGAAUUUGUUGUUCGUUACGACUAAUAUUAUCGCCUUUAUGGGGAUUAUCACCUAUAAUACUUUGGUGAAUAUUAGCAGAGAAAAAUAUAUUCAAGAGGGGAGGAUCCUGGCUAGUUUGAAUUCCCAUUUCCCUGAUAAUGUUAGGAGGAAUGAAGAGUUACCAUUGCUUUUCCCUAAGGAGGAAGAACAAUCCAGUGAGAAGGACAGUCUUGAAUUACUGCCGAAGAUAGUCGACAAAGUAGAGGAAGAAAAUGAAACAUCUCCCCUAACAAUAUAUAGUGAGAACAAAAUUCCACUAGUAAAAUCAGUUAAAGUUACCUCCAUGAAGAGUGAAAGUAUUAAAUUAUCACUAUUCCAUAUGAUAUAUUCUUUCCAACUUUAUAAAUCUGUUCUCCAGCAUAAUACAAAGCAGGAAGAAAAAGGCGCAGCUUCAUGGAAUGAAGAAGUAGAAGCCAUGUGGAAAUCAUUGAAUAUGAGGGACACCAAAGUGAAAUAUCCAAAUACAUAUGAAUUUUACAAAUCAUGGAAUAAUGAAUUUAAAGAUGCCUUUACAAAUCCGACAAAAUUGGAAAACUCCUAUCUCCCCACCUUUUCAGUUUAUCCUGCUCCAUUGAAAUGGUUUUGCGAUACCCUUUAUGGUACUGAUCUUAAAGAUUUAAAGGAUUUUCAAUCUAUAUAUCAAAACACCAAAUCCAAAAGUUUCCGAAAUUUGUUGGAAUUAUGGCUCUAUGAUAAUGCCUUCUUAUUUCAGAGGAAAACAACAUUAAAAGAGGACAGUGAAUUCAAUGAAAAGUUGUUUCAAACAAUGAUACAAGAUAUUGGAAGGGCAAAAAAUACUCAACUAUUCUUAAGAUUCUCAUCGAUUAUUUUAAAACCAUCAAAUCCACGCAAAUCCGUUUUCUUCUCCGACUUAAAUGGAUAUAAUGUUCCAAGUGUUUCAUUGGAAACUUUACUCGGUGUCAUAGAUGGAUUUGCCGAGUUAUCCAAGGAUGGACUCUAUGAUUACACACCGGAUGUGACCGAAUUAAUAAAAAUGUUAAAAUCCAAUUGUAUUAUUACAAACAAGGCGUCCGGGUCAGGCACAGGUGCCUCCAAACUGCGAAUCUUAUUGCCAUACGAAGAUGGAUCGUCAAGUAUACCCGAGAUUUCAGACCGUGUUAAACAGCGCUGUUACGAGAUAUUAAGUCAAGAUAAACAUACGAUGGAAACACUAAAUCAAAUGGUGACAAAGACAGCCCAAUUAGAGGGCCAACAAUAA